CUGUCUUAUCUCGCACAUGGCACAUCGGGGACGACUCGAGUGAGAGGCGCUGAUGGGCGCCAGCUGCCGCCGUCGUGCCGAGGCCGCGACUGCCGCGACUGCGCCGGGCGCGGGCGCCAUGUCGCCACGCCCUGCGCCAGAGAUCCGCGAGGCUUGGCUGCUGGCGGCGCAGGAGGAGGAUGCCGAAGCAGCUGGUUGGUGCGCCAGGCUGUGUGAGGAUCUACAAGGGGCUGAAGCUUUUGCAGCGAGUGAUGGCCUGGAUGCAUUCAUUUCCGUAGCCAUGGGCCAAUCCGUCAAAGGCAGUGGCGGAUUGAUGGUUGCAUUAGCUGAAGCAUUGACGAUGGAGAUGAGCGAGUUCAAAGUUGCAAUUUUCGAGACAUUAUGCGCUGCAGCCCAGUGGCCGUCUCUAAAAGGCCGGAUUGCGGGCUGUGGCGUUUUGGGGGUCAUCACAGCCAAGCUGCUGUCGCCAAGACCGCAUCCGCCCAGCAAAGCUUUGAUGGCACGGCUGUGCGGAAUGCUGGCCACAGAUUCACCAGAGGUGCGGCAGCUGGGUGACACGCGGCGCGCCACGGAGUUCGCGCGGCUUCGUGAACAACUCAUCGCCUCCGGCGCUGUGAAAGCUCUUGUGGCCAUGCUGAGCGCCGGCGCUAUCGAGGCAGCAUCAGCAGCUGGUGCCAUCGAAAAGUUGGCGGAAGCAGCUAGCGAAGAAAUUUCUGCAGCUGGCAGCUCGUGUGGCUCAACCGGCGACUCAAUGACCGCGGAAACGAAGGAGCGCGAGCAUCCAAAUGAGAGCUGCCACGGAACUUUUGACAAAACGAUUCAGGAGUUGAUCUCUUCAGCCGCAGUGCCUGCUAUGCUGAAACGCCUCGUGGCCCCUGAUAACAACAACGAUGCCGAGGAUGAAUUGGUGGCUCUAGAAGCCAUUGCUUCCUCCCUGUCAAAGCUGAUGACGUUGGAGGGUUGUACAGAGCUGAUUGCGCCCAUCACCGAACCUACCACGGUGGAGGACCUUUGCAAGGUUCUUGGAGUUGCCAGUCGUGGCCACCAUGAUCUAGGUGGCUUCAGCGAACAACGUAAGAUGGUCCAGCAUCUCCUCCGCUGUUUGCAUCACCUGGGCACAAAACACGAUUGUUGGCCUGAAUUCAGCAAAGAUUUGGCAGAGGAUUUGUAUGGACUUCUUCUGUUCCGUUGCGCUGCAGCUGCUCCGUUUCUGCAGGCCAUCUUGUUGAAGCUGCCCACGUCAGACUCAGCGGCGUUUCUUUGCUACUUCGAGAGGAAGCGUUUGCAUCAAGCUUUGCAGGAACUGAUGAACAAUAGCAUUGAUGUUGGGAGUUCCGCUGCGGUCAUCAAAAUAUUGGACUCCUUUCAACAGUGUCACCGAUGUGGUGUCAUUGGCAGUUUUCCUGCCUGCGGAAAUUGCAAGCUUGUAGCAUACUGCUCCAAAGAGUGCCAACGAUCUGAUUGGAAGUCUCACAAACUCCAGUGCCAAAAAAUCGCGGAGCUCACGAACAGCGCUGGGAGGAUCCGCAAGGAAAUUUUGGAUUCGCAAGGAAAUUUUAACGUCGCUCUAUUCCUGCGGGCCUUUCAAGGUUUGAUAGGCUUUGCAGUGUCGUUCGUCUGGGACCUUGGUCAUUUUCUCAGAAAUUUCCCCAUAAACAUUUGUCAGUCCGACCCCACAUCGCAUACUUUUGAACGCCAGGUUGACAUGUACAUGCUGUCGCCAUUUGGAUCUUAG